AACAGCAAUAACAACAAAACUUGCUAAAAUUGUUUGCAGGAGGUUCCAAAACAAUAAUCCUUUCCACUCCGAGUGCAUCAUUCUCUCGUCGUUCGUGGGCAUAGGACCGAAGCGUCGAUGGAAGGUAUAUCUCAGUCUAUUUCAAAGUUAUUAAGGCUGUCCGGGAAGGGAAGGUCAGACGAAAAAAAACAAAAUUACUCUUCAGAUCUUCCUGAGGGAUUAUGUCGUCGAUUUUCAGUCGGUGAGAUCAAGAAAGCCACCAAUGACUUCGCUGACGAUUUAGUAAUUGGUGAGGGGGGUUUUGGCAAAGUCUAUAAGGGAUUUAUUGAUGACCAAGGCAUAAGCGUUGCAAUAAAGCGUUUGAAAUACAGCUCAAUAGAGGGUGUUGUCGAGUUAACGAACGAGGUGGUGUUGCUUUGCCAGAUACGCCACCCUAACCUCAUCCGUCUCAUCGGAUAUUGUAUUGAUGAAGGCGAAGGGUGCCUUGUCUACGAAUUCAUGGUCAAUGGAAACCUGCACCAACACAUCUUGAUCUGCGGCACUGACCACGAUCCCCUCCCGUGGAAACAAAGACUAGCGAUUUGCAUCGGAGUCGCGCGUGGACUGCACUAUCUUCACACUGGGCUAAAGCAUACUAUUAUCCACCGUGACGUGAAGAUAAGCAACAUUCUGUUGGACGAGAAAUGGGAGGCCAAGUUGGCAGAUUUCGGGUUGUCCAAGAUGGGUCCCCCGAGUUUGUCAAAGGCUUUAAUUAGGGUCGAAUCUCUGGUGAAGGGUACUUUCGGAUACCUGGAUCCCGAAUAUCACAGGAGCCAGGAGCUGACCGAUAAAUCCGACGUCUACUCCUUCGGUGUAGUACUGUUUGAACUACUCUGUGGCAGAUCAAUAUUGGAUCCAAAUUUGGUAGCGGAACGGCAGAAUCUGAUUAGCUGGGCCAGCAAAUGUAAACAAGAAGGGACCAUGAAUGAGAUAAUUGAUCCGUAUCUGAUGGGGAAGAUAGCUCCAUUGUGUUUCAAGAUUUACUUCGGCAUUGCGAGUUCUUGCGUGCGAGAAGAGGGAAAGGACCGUCCAGCAAUGGGUGAAGUGGAGGUAAGACUUGAACGUGCACUGCUGUUGCAAGAGAUCGCAGAUGCUGCAAGGGAGGAAGGUGAAUAUGACUAUCCCAUUGAUGAAUUAACCUGUAAUUAUUCUCCGAUUGAGAUGAACAGAUAUGACAGAGGUGCUUCUCCGUCUACGGUUGGGAAUCCUUUUUGGGAUUCAGAUAGCAUCGAAUUAUCUGAUUUAUCACAAACAGCUAAUUAA